AUGUCCCCCGGUCUCUCCCAAACCUCGAACUCCCUACAUUCCGAUGCCUCGCAGGGGCCCCACGAGACCGUUGCCUCGCCCCCAAAGUCAACGAGCCCUGUGAUCUCAUCUGAGAACCAAUCUACCAUAUUACCUUCGCACCGUCGAGCAAACACCGAAUACGUUGCUCGGCCCCCUAUUUUUGAAGAAAACUACGAUUACCCCCGCGAUCGGGACAACCCCCCCGAACCCCUCCUGGACAGACACAUUCCCCAAAAAGAAGUUCGAAGCCAGGGCAAGGAUCCUGUCGGACUGGUUCCAAGGCAGAUCAGAUCCGGUUGA